GGAGGGUCAUUCCUGCCGGUCCCUUUACACUCCGUUUCCGGUUGUUUACCGUUUGCCCGGGUGGCAGCUUUUCUCUUUUAAAAAAACUUUUUGCUGAGAAGAAAUGAAGCGGAACAAACGCGGCCGCUUCGUUUCGGUGUCGGUGGUGCAGAAAAUGAAAAGGCUGUCUGAGGUUCAGCGGCAGCGGUGGAUCCGCCCCGAGCGGCCGGGGCCUCAGUCCGAGUCCGGAGUUCCGCCGCGGGGUGAUGAGGCCCCCGGGCCUGAGGCCGGUGUGGAGUCAGGUUACUGCCCCCGGCCUGGGCCGCCUUUGAACGACCGUCAUCCGUCGCCCUUUAAAAAGCUGCAGCUGUUUGGUCUGGGAUUAUCCAAAGCCUGUCCUCACCUUGACUCAGUUAACACCCGCUCAGUGACUACACCUCUUGUUGCAACCACCAGCUACUGCCGUCUUUGUCAUGGAAGGUUUUCCUCCAGGAGUCUACGUAAUGUUUUUGCAAAAGUUCCUUUGCUCGAGGCGAAUCCAGAGAGGCAGCGCAGAGCACAGCAGACUUUCUGUACUGAUUUUCAGAAAUUAGUUGGUGUUGUAGUAAGGCAGGAUCCGUCUUUGCCUCAAUAUAUCUGCAGGAAGUGUCAUGCUCAGUUUUAUAAAUGUCGGAGUAUAUUGAGAAACUACAUUCAAAGAGUGAAUUCUUCACCAGUAGGUUCUGCACAACGUGGACAAGAGUCUAGCAGAUGUGCUGCACCAACAAAAUCAUCAUCAGUGCCAUCACUUUCACAAUUUCCGUUAGACAAUUCUAUCUCUGAUUAUUUUAAAUGGAUGCUAAAUGACGGUGUAGUAACUGCAAGCCCACAAUGUUUGCAAGUUCUGGUCACUUGGGCUCACCGACAUGGCAGCAGCUGUGGGUCACUACCGAAUGUACAGAGUGUCUUAUCUGCCGAGUAUCGUGGAGUAGUGGGAGCUGUAUGGGGGUGUCCAGAAGGACACAGUUACAUCUUGGAUGUGCAUUCAAAUCAAAAGGUUGCACUAAACGAAAUGCCAUGCCCACACAGCAAGACUAAUGAUUUAAUGAAAGAGAAAACUGUAGGAAAUGUAAUUCCCCUCCCACCUCAAAAUGGAACGGAUGCUGAAAAUGGUGAGAGUGGUUCAAUCUGUAAACUUCAACCAGUUCCAGUGUCGCUAUGGUCAUCUGACUCUCAGCCUUGUACAUACAGUGGAGUAGCCUCACAACCAGUAGAUGUGGACAAUUCAGAAUACCUGCUGAGCAAAGAUAUGUUUUUGCACGUAGAUUCUGAUGGUACUGAGUGCUCUUGGGAAAAGGUUCAGUUACAGGAUGCUAUGCAAGUAUUAAAUUCAAAAGGUCAAAUUGACUGCAACAAAGCUUCGUGUUCUAUAAAGGAUGAUAUUACAGAUGGAUUAGAAUCUAGUGACCUCUCUGACAGGUAUUUGUCAAGUGAAGAUGAUGGGGAAGAAAAAGUUAAGAAUGGCUCUUCAGAUGAGUGUUUUCAGCCAUAUUGGGAGAAGAAUAAAUUGCCAACAUUGAAAUGUGAUAGUAAAGAAGUGAAGAAAACACCAGGACAAAGGCGUAUACGAAAAUCAAAAUCAAACUGUGAAAGAGAAGACUUUCCCACCAUGCACCGAUGUCAAUACAAGGGCUGCUGUGCAGUAUAUAGAGGAGCUGAUGGAUUGAAGAAACAUAUGAAAGAACGCCAUGAGGAGGUACGUGAGCGUCCCUGUCCCCACCCAGGAUGUAACAAAGUGUUUAUGAUUGAUCGCUAUCUGCAGCGCCACGUGAAAUUGGUUCACACAGAAGAAAGAAACUACAUUUGUGACGAAUGUGGACAAACCUUCAAACAGAGAAAGCACCUGUCAGUUCACCAGAUGCGCCAUUCUGGAGCAAAGCCUCUACAGUGUGAAAUUUGUGGUUUCCAGUGUCGACAGAGAGCAUCUUUGAAAUACCAUAUGACUAAGCACAAGGCAGAAGCUGAACUGGAUUUUGCUUGCAACCAGUGUGGAAAGCGGUUUGAGAAGGCCCACAAUUUGAACGUUCAUAUGUCCAUGGUUCAUCCCUUGACCCAGAACACAGAUAAAAGCAAACCAGCUGAGUAUGUUGAAACAGAACCAAACCAGCUGAGCACAGAUACAUUCAUUGAGUGGGAAGCCAGUUAACACUCAGCUAUUUAACUGUGAGUAGAAUCAAAAGAUUAGAACCUAUUUGCACCUUUUGUCUUCAGUGACAGCAAGUUCUUCGUCUGAAUAGAGAAUUUAUGAAUCAGUGCAACAUUUUGUUUGAUAAGGAACAAGCAGAAGUUUAAUUGCAUCAGUGUUAGAUGGUUGGUUACAUGGCUUUCCUUUUAAAUGAAGCUUAAUUACACACCUCUUGACCUUGAAAAAUAAUGCCAAAUGUUUCACUAUAUCAUGCAACUUUGAAUUGUAUGUUGAUAUCGAGUGUGGUGUAGCUAGUGAGCACUGUUAAACAGACAAAUGUGAGAUAAUUGAAAGGGAAACUGUAACAUUAUCAGCAAAUAUCAACAAUGGUAUAGCUUGAAAUGUUUCAUGUGUACUGUGAGGUGGUUUGGCUGAUUGCUAAUUAAAUUUUAAUAAAGACUAUUUUCAUAGGU